UACUGUGGCAUGGUAAAGAAUGUGAGGUCUGAUAUUGAGAAUGUUGUUAAAUUGAAACUACUUCAUUUCCAUUCAAGGGAGGAACAAGUGAGAUCACAGAUGGUUCUGGGGUCACAAAUAUGGAACUUCUAUCAUCAGAAGGUAUCCCAUCUCCACAGAGACAGUACCCCACAUGUACUGACGUAACGAGAAGAUGAACAUUCUGGUGACGAGCUCAACUGCAGAAACCCAACAUGGAGACGAAGUACACGCUUAUUGUGAAGAACAACGGGUCUGUGGUCCAACUUGUAGAGGAUGGUCCAGUCCCGCCCGUAGUUCCAGGGGUGUUCCUGGUGCUGGACUUCACUCUUGGACUGUGUCUCAACCUGGUUAUCGUCUUCACCAUAAUUAUGUGCCCUGCGCUAAGGCGCCUGUCCUUCAACAGCAUUCUGCUCCACCUUUGCGUGAGCUGCGCCCUUGACUGCAUCCUUAACUUGCUUGGUGCUGUGGGCUUCGUUGCAGUGACACAUCUUGAGCUGCCACCGAACUACGCUCCUGAGAUGACCUUGGCGUGUCGCGUCAACGCGGCCUUGACGCAGUGGACAACGGCAAUCCAGAGCGUCGCCAUGGCAACUCUAGCUGUGGAUCGCGUCAUGAUGUUCCGUCAAUUGGAUAAUCCAAAAGCGGACGCCAGAAAUCGUUUCAUGAAAUUUCUCCCGGCUCUCGUGUGGCUCUACGGCACGGUUCUUGUGGCGCCAAUCGUCGCCACGUCACACAUCGUGAGGGUACGACCCUUCCCCGACAGAUAUUCUUGUGGUAUAGUUACAACAUCAGACGACUUAAAUGAACUACUGUAUCCUUGGUUACUUCUAAUGCUUGGCUACAUAGUCCCUUGGAUAGCCAUCUUAAUUAUCUGUGUCGUAAUUACGCAGUACGUCACUUCUGCUAGACGUCGUCAGCAACAACUUGCAAAUGCAGCGCUGCAAAGAAGCCAAGGCAUCGUAACUUCUGUUCCGCAAAUUUAUUCUGCUUCCUACCAGACAUCCUGGAGCAACUGGUUGGGAGCAUCCGGUCCUCUGCCAUGGGAAGAAGUUAAAUUCUAUUUCUUGAGUUCGAUGUUGCUCUUUCUGUAUGUUAUACUCCUCGUUCCACAUGUACUGUGUGUCAACGUACCCCCUCUAAUAGCACGGGAAGUUCGAGAAGACAAUCCAGCUUCCAACAACAGUUCCAUGUCAGAACUAACAGCAGUUCUAACUGGUACAUAUGAUUGCUUCUUCGUAUGGUGCCGGUACGCUUUCACAGUUCUGGUGCCAAUAUGUGUAUUGAUUAUUCAUAAAGAAGUGCGUAAAAAGAGUGAGCAUAUGUUCUGUUGCUGUUGUCGAAACAAUGCUGUUGUCCGUUUGGACAACCCGAGAUCAAUUUCAGCUUCUGUCGAAAUAAGGACGCAAAAAUCGGCUAAGGAACUAAAAAACCACAAAAAUAAAAACAUUUUAAGAAAAAGACAUCCAGACAGACAGAAUAAAUAUUCAAGAAUUUCUCAUUAUAGAACUCCUGUUCUGUUUGCUACGUCUGAAGGCCUUCAUCUGAGAACUGUUGAUGACAGACUGGAAGGUAGUUAUUACUUCAAUGACAACGGUGGUCGAGGUAGAACAGGGGAUAAAGAAGAGUGUUGGACUGUUGAGCCAAGGUUCCUAUGUGAGUUCUGUGACGUUGCGUUAAUAGCUUCAACACCGACGGAGUCUAUAGGGAACCCACAACAAAGUGUCAGGUGGGGACUACCACUCCCAGUGUUAGGAGAGGAAGCACUGGCUGAAAAAGAUUUAUAUAUAAGUGACAACGUGACAGGUGAUAAUAUCGACGAGUUUGUAAGAAGACGAAGUAAUUCUGGGGAAAUUCUAGUGGCAAAGUUCAAUAAAAUGAACAACAGAAAAGAAACGAGAGUGAGAUUUGCUCAAACGGUGAGUGAAAUUCCAUUAUCUGAGAGCGGCGUAUGGAGUGCGCCAGAGGAUCAAGUAUUUGUAGAAAAAUCUGCUCAUUACAAACGGAACGAAUCAUCAUACGUUGCCCUUAAACCCUUCAAUUCAAAACCUAAGGUCAGUGUACCUAUCAGAUCUCGUAUGAAUAAAUUAUCCUGACAGAAUGACAAAAUUACUAAACCCAGAAACAGUUCUGCAAUAUUACAGAGAAGAAAAUCAAAUUAAUAUUUAAUCUAACUGUAAAAUAAUGAGUUUAUUUGCAAUAAAACA